AGAGUUAUUCUUCGGCCAUCUUCGUCAUUACUCUCUCCACCUCCUCUUGAGAAGCAAUUCCUCAUCUCACCUCCGUGUUCUCCACCAGUUGGCUGGUCUCAAACAAAAGAAAUGGCACCAGUUAUUUGUAAUUUCGAUCUGAUGGCACGACUAGCAUCCUUUGCUCUUGAGGACAAAUAUGAAGUGUACAACGGCGACGAAAGUAAACCGGCAAUUGUUGUACAUCCAUGCGAGACUCCUUUGGACGCCCCGUCCAGCAUAGAAAUGCCGCGCACACCGAGGCCAUCGUCUCCUGUACAAUAA